AUGGCUGACAAUUCCCAAGAGAGCGGCUCCAGGGACAGCUUGCUCGAGGCGGUCGAGCACUUGGAAAACGCCAAGCAGAGAUACACAGAUGCCGGUCUGCUUGUCAAAACAAUCGCUGAGGACGCGUAUGAAAAUGGCAUUCGACCAGCCGUGCUCACCCGUCUCCUGAAGAUUCUGACCACCAAAAACAAUCUGGACCAAGGCACUGUCACGACUCUCGUCAAGAAUCUGUACCCACAAGAGAGAAUUUCUUCCAAAAAUGUCACCCAAGUGAUUUGUAGUCUUGGGCCCAGCAAGAACAAGCCAACACCAGCGACCCAGGCUUUGCUAUUGCGCUGGCUGAUCCUUUCAUACGAUCUACUCAGAGAAAGGGCACACCUUGCGAAGCUCUACGCGGUGCUCUUUAAUCAUCUUGACAUGAUCAGUUUGCGAAAACCGCUGUGCCAUCUUCUUUCGCUCAUUACCAGGCGAAAGCAUGUCAAACCUUUCCGGAUCCAAGCUUUGAUGGAGCUGAUUCAGAUCUCUGGCGGCGAUGAGAAAGAGCUUGUUGCUCUACUCAGAAUCUUCAAGAAUUAUUAUCCCGAGAUUAUUCUUGGGGAACUUGGAAGAGGGAGAAACGCUCUGUUUUUCAAGCAUCCUGACCCCGAGUGGUCGACUCAUGCAAAAUAUCUCCAGGAUCAAAGUAUUGAAAGGGCCCAAGCAAGCUCUGCAUCCACUUUCCAAGUGGUGCAUCGGGGCGCUGUGAAAAGAAGUAGAGUUGCAGUGGUCAUUCCCCCGCUUCAGAGUUCUCGUGUAUCACACAAGCACACUUCGCUGGAGGAGCUGCGUGAUGUUGGCCACCUAGUUGAAACGAUUGACAAAAUCGAGUUACCAAACCAGAUUAUUUCGACAUUGGGUGAUGCAAUGGCCCAGAAAUAUCUUCAUUUGGUCCACUCUGAGCUCGCGGAUCAUCGAUUAGAUGAAUGGAUGAGAAGUUUCCUGGAAGAUAAAUUGGAGCUUCUCCAUGAGGACGAGGGCGAUGACCAGGAUACAUUGGCAUCGUUCUUGGAAUUCGUUGUGCAAUUCGUGUCAUAUAUCAAGGAACUUCCAGCUGCAAUUCGCUCGUUUCUCAGUUCGUACCUUCAGGUGUGGAAUGGAAGGGAUAACCGUGCGAUCAUUUUCUGCCUCCUACAGUACAUUGAUAUUGAGCCGAUUGAGGCCCUGAAAGCCGAACUAUUCACACCAAUGGAGUCCGCGGUUUUGGAUGAAAGCCUCGGCUCAAGAAUGGCUUUACUAGAAUUCUACACCGGACUGAUCAGUCAAUGGGGAGUGAAACUCCGAUCACGACCAGUCACAUCCGACGAAUCGCUUCCAUUGAGUCAGACGAUACUACAUGCUGAACUCCUGGCAUCUUCCAUUCUGGAAAUUUCCGCAGAGCAAGACCAGCAAUUGUCGAAGCCAAGUUCAAUAUCCGUGCUAGACUUCUACAAAACACUUUCAGAUCUAUUCUCUCAUGCGCCCCAGGAUGCACGAUUUCGGCUUACUCUUCCAAAUGCCCAGACCGUUUAUACACUGGCAUUCAUACCGAGUGCUGCUGUUAUCUCGACUCUCAAUUCUAUUUUGGCAGUGUAUAAAUCCGCCUUUGAAGCGUGUUUGAGCUCACAGGUCCUGCAAGCACAAAAUUCUCCAGCAUAUGGAACAGAUCUCGUGGGCCGAUUCAAUGGGUAUGUCAUGGACAUGUGCAAUGUAUUAUGGCGAAACCGUGCUCUGAAUACGGAAGACCCGAAUGCCUUGGGAUGUCUCGUGCCUGCACCGACGGUAGCAGCCCUGGGAAAUUAUGUCAAAGAUGUAUCAGAGGCGGCCAAACACUACGACCGCGAGAAUGCCUUCUAUCUCAGCGUUGCCUCGAUCUUCUCACUCAGCCACCAUGCUGCUUUUUGCAACUUAUCUGCGGCCUGCUUUGCCGAGCUUGAGAGAGACCAGGGCAUUAGCGAUGAUCGUCCGAGGUUGCAGAAGCCAGUCACCCAAAAAGUUUUGCUGGCGCUUGAGAAAGACGGUGGGGCCAAGACCACAUGGCAGGAGUACCGUGUGCAUAUGUUGGAUUGGUUAGACGGGUUAGGGUGUCGUGGUACAGGCAUCCUGAUGAGGAGCACGAUGAAGGCUCUACGCAAAGAGUGA